CGUGAUCCGUACUUUAGGGUGAACAAACAACACAACCAAAAUCCCAAUCCACUGCAACCCUCGUCUUUUCCUUCUCCACUUCUCCGGCGAUUUCUCUCCAGCAUCCGGUGACUUUGCCAGUAACCGAGACGAGAGAGAGAGAGAGAGACGAUAUUUUGAUGGGUGCAAGCGGAGAUAUCAAGGUCCCGGAACGGCGGCCUACGCCUGAUCUCGGAUCCUCGGAGGGCGACGGCGAAGAGGACCUGCAGAAGCAGCAGCGCUCGGAGAUCUACACCUACGAUGCGCCUUGGCAUAUCUACUCGAUGAACUGGAGCGUCCGCUCCGACAAGCGUUACCGCCUCGCCGUCGGUAGCCUGCUCGAGGGCUACAGCAACCGGAUGGAAAUUGUGCAGCUGGACGAGGCGUCCGGCGAGAUCCGCUCCGACCCCGCGCUUUCCUUCGACCAUCCUUUCCCUCCCACCAAAACCAUGUUCGUCCCGGAUCGCGAAUGCCUCCGUCCGGACCUCCUCGCUACCUCCGCCGACUUCCUCCGCAUCUGGCGCAUCGCCGAGGACUCCUCCCGCAUCGAGCUCGGCUCGCUCCUUAACGGCAACCGUAACUCCGAGUUUUGCGGCCCCAUCACGUCCUUCGACUGGAACGACGCGGAGCCCCGCCGCAUCGGAACCUCCUCCAUCGACACGACAUGUACUGUCUGGGACAUCGACCGGGAGGCAGUGGAUACCCAGCUCAUCGCCCACGACAAGGAGGUGUACGACAUCGCGUGGGGAGGCGUCGGCGUCUUUGCCUCCGUCUCCGCCGACGGAUCCGUCCGCGUCUUCGACCUUCGCGACAAGGAGCACUCCACCAUCAUAUACGAGUCCGCCGACCCCCCUGGCACGCCGCUUGUCCGCCUCGGGUGGAACAAGCAGGACCCUCGUUACAUGGCCACCAUCAUAAUGGAUAGCGCCAAGGUCGUCGUCCUCGACAUUCGCUUCCCUACCUUCCCCGUCGUCGAGCUCCACCGCCACCAGGCCAGCGUCAAUGCCAUCGCCUGGGCGCCCCACUCCUCCUGCCAUAUCUGCACAGCUGGCGAUGACUCACAGGCCCUGAUCUGGGACCUCUCGUCCAUGGGAGGUGACCAGGGCAACGUCCAGAAGUCUAUGGCGGCGGCGGCUGCCGCUGCUGCUGAGGGUGGCCUCGACCCCAUACUUGCCUACACUGCCGGAGCAGAGAUCGAACAGCUGCAGUGGUCUUCCUCACAGCCAGACUGGGUAGCCAUUGCCUUCUCCACUAAGCUUCAGAUCCUGAGAGUUUAAUGCAAUAAAAACGGAGAUUAGAGCAGUAAAAAUAUUGCCUUUGAUGAUAAGACGCUGGGUUUUUCAGGAUUGAAUUAACAGGAAAUGUAGCAGAGCACUAGUAUUGCUCACCAUUUGGCCGGUAAGCAAUGAACUGCGCUCUGAAUCAUUUCAUAUUCAGUGCCAAUGUUUCAUUUAAUGUCUUAUCGUUUUCCUAUUUCACUGGUUUUUCCCAUUA